GGGAGAGAGUGGAGAGAGGGAGGGUCGGCGAGCAUGGCUGAGGUGCGCGUGGAGGGAGGUCCUGGGAGGGAGGGGUCAGUCUGGCUGUUGACGACGAGCGAGACAGGUGGCUGCUGCGCUACUCGCGUUUUCAUAAAAGUGCUGACCCAUCGCUGAGGUGGGAUUGUACACGAGUUCUUGCCGGCGGAAUAGUGUGCAUAUUUGUUGCCUUGCGUGGCUGUGUGUUUUUCGUUUGCUGUUACUGUCUCGUCGCCCACACAGACGUGAAGGAAUUGUGAUUUUGCGCUGAGAUUCACAGAGUGAUUGCCGAGUCGCCUGACUUGCCUGCCUGGGAGUGAUGCUCAUGUGAUGGUGGCUUGCUGAGGCGCCUGGGCCAUAUUCCCGCCAUGGGUGUCCUUGGAUCUCGUCAUGGGAGAGGCGCAGCUCUCCUGACGGCGGCGUUGACGGUAGCAGUACUGUGGUGCAGCGUGGAGGCCCAGAACGUGGCGGAAAACUUCUACAACCGCCUGCCGCCGGGCCGCCUCUAUCCCGCUGGCUGGCUGGAGAAGCAGCAGGAGGUCCGAGUGUCUGCCCCGAGCGACAAGAAGACCCACGCGAAAUGGGUGAUAGUGGCCGGGCGCCGCGUCGUGCCAGGGUCCGUGUACCGCGUGGUGGUGGAGGCCCUCAGGGUGUCGGAGCCCCUCACAGUGAGCGCCGCCCUUAUCAGGUCCUCGGAGCAGAUCACCACCAACAAAGUGACACUCAAGAAAGGCGAAAUAUCAGAGAUUCUACUUCAGGCACCGUAUGGCAGCGUCCCCGGAGAUUGGCAGCUGCGGGUGGAGGGUCACGAGGGCAUCGACGCCAUUUUCAAGAGAGUCACCAAACUUGAAUUUCAGACCAACUUCCUCACCAUCUUCAUGCAACCCUCACGCCCUGUCUACACCGCAGGACAGACAGUGUACUUCCGUUCCAUCAUGUUGACCCGUGACCUCAAGCCUUACGAUGACCCCGUGGACGUGUAUGUCUUGGACCCGCGCGGCCUAACGAUGCGUCGGUGGCCGUCCAUGCAAACCAGUCACGGGGUGAUCAAUCUGAACUUCGAGCUGCCGGAGUACCCCUUAGUGGGACCCUGGACGCUGAGGGUGCAGGCGAGGACACAGACGCAGGACAAGGUGAUACACGUGGAACACUACUUCAGGCCCAGGUUUGAGGUGUUCGUGCGGAUGCCCCAGACCAUCAAAGCGUCCUCUGAGAUGGUUGAAGGUGUUGUGGUGGCCAAUAUGACCAACUGGAGGGACGUGUUCGGCAACCUGACCAUCAAGCUUCAGUUUACGUUCCCCGGGGAGUACAGCCCUCACCCUCCACACCACGACGUGCCAGACAACUUCACUGAUGUUUUUGAAGAGUUUGUUGAGACUUUCCGAGGCUACUACCCCUUCGCGCUGCCCCUCGAGAAGGUGAAGGAGAAACUGGGUGGCUCCACGGACCUGCAAGGGUCUACGGUGCGAGUGUGGGCCGCCGCUGGAGACUCCUUCGGGUGGCAAGUGCAAACGGGAUGGGCGUUGGCGCGGCUGGUGGAGGAUGAGGCUAAGGUCGUCUUUCUCGGGGACCAGCCGCUUAUCUUUCAUCCCGGCAUGCCCAUCACAGUGCAGGUGUUCGCUACGUACCAGGAUGACCACCCGUUCGAGGAGGAGGAACUGUUGGGCAGCAAGAUCACGGUCACCAUCUCUAUCGCAGGGGGGUCCACGCAGGUGGAGGAGAUGAUGGUGUGGGGAGCGGAGCUGGCGGAGACCAAGGGCGUUGGGCAGGUGACUUUCGAUAUCCCGGACACCGCUCUUAAUUUCAAGGUGGACGCCAGUCUGGUGACGGGCAGCGGUCUGACAGCCUCCUCCACCAUGGUCGGCCAGAUACAACACUCCCCCAGGAACCGUCACCUUCAGAUCGAGACGUCCACCCCUGACGCCGCUCCAGGACAAUUCAUCACCUUACACGUCAGGAACAACUUCUAUAUGGAAUACUUCAAUUUUGUGGUCAUCUCCGAGGGCGUGUUAGUGUACAGCGGGCGUGAACCUGUAGGUGACUUGACGCCACCCACCAUCACUACCUUUGCGCUGCCAGCCUCCGCCGAGAUGGCCCCAGCCGCCCGCAUUGUGGUGUGGACUGUGACGCAGGACGGCCAGCUGGUGUCCCAUGCCAUCGCCGUUCCCGUGAAUCCCUUAGGGCGUCACGAGGUGGGCAUCAGAUGGAACGAACACAAAGACCACUCCGGCGGCAGCGUGGAAAUGAAGAUGCUGGGUGAGGGUGGAGCCUUCUUCGCGGUGUCGUCUAUGUGGGAGGAGACGCACCUCAUGGACGCAGGACAUGAGCUGGACCGACCCCGCAUACUGACGGAGAUGAUGAGGCUAGACCAGCUGCAGGACGUGAUGGCCAUGCGGCGGGCCAACACCUCCGUACCGCACCUGCGACGUGCCUCCACAAGAUCGCGUGACGGGGCCGGAGCGUGGAUCAACUUCUUCCCCACCUCUCUGGCUGGCCCAGACGCCCCCACCACCUUCAACUUCUCCCAUCUCAUAGUGCUGACUGAUGCUGAUCUCUUCUACCACCCGCACCACGCCUCAGAGGCCCCGGACUGCAGCCCUGACCAGUUCAAGUGUCUGACCGGCGGCUGCUUCUCCAUGGACGAGCGAUGCAAUGGGGAGUUCUUCUGCUCAGACCACUCUGACGAGGCAGGAUGUCCUGUUGAGGUGGAUCCCAUGAAAGAUUUCCGCCUGUACCGUCUGAGUCGCCUGAAUCGCUUCUAUGAUCCCAUCGACGGUGACUGGGCGUGGCAGGAUGUGCGGGGCCUGGGUUCGGAGAUCCAGGUGUUCCCGAUCCCCAAGCGGCCGCAGACGUGGGUUGUCUCCAUGUUCGCCGUCGGGAAGGAGCUGGGUCUUGGCGUCAUGCAGGAGAAGAUACAGUUUGACUCCGCGGGGCCGUUCAUGAUCACGUUAGAAGGUCCCUCGGUGGCGCGCCAGUGGGAGCAGGUGGGGCUGCGGGCGUGUGUGUUCAAUUUCCACCACAGCAAGGUGGGCGUGCUGUUGACGCUGCCGGAGUCCCCAGACUACCGCUCCGUGCUGGUGGAAGAGGACGGCGUCGUCACUUCAUACAAGCCUCGCACUGCCACGGGGGAGCGACAGCACAUCGUCUGGCUGGAUGCCGGGGAAUCGCGUGACGUGCACAUCCCCAUCGUGUUCACGCGCAAGGGUACGGUGGAGGUGGAGGUGAUCGGCUCCACCAUGAUGCAGAAGGACUCGGACAGUGUGGUGAUUGAGGUGAACGCUGAGGGCGUGUCCAUCGGCAAGCACACCUCCAUCCUGCUGGAUCUCAAGAAUCGGGCGCUGGUGUACGAGUUCCUGGAUAUUCAACUGGACGAGGUGCCGGAGAUCCCUUACUCCCUAGACCGCCGAUACAUCUAUGACACUCCCGCCGGCCACAUCUCAAUCACUGGGGACGUUGUGGGCCCGGCAUUCCCUGAGGUGCCCGUGAACAGCGCCUCCCUCCUUGGUCUGGAGAUGACGGGAGCCGAGACCGCUGCUUAUAAUUUCGCCGCUAAUCUCUGGACGCUCCACUACCUGCGCCUCACCAACCAGCUGCAGUCUUCGCUGACCUACCGGGUUUUGACGGCGGUGAAUGUGGAGUACGCCGCCAUAGCUCGCUAUCAGGACGAGAAAGGCGCCUUCAAGAUGUGGCCCGACUCUGAGCCCAGCGUGUGGCUCACUGCCUACAUCUUGCGCACACUGUGGCUCGCUAACUUUCAGGACUGGGAGAACCUUAUCUACAUCGACCCUUCAGUGGUGAACCAGGCGACGGCGUGGAUGCUGGAGUACCAGAUUCACAAUGGCGCCUUCAUCGAGACCCCUAACUACACACAUCCACUGGACUCCAAGACCAAUCCACCGGUGAGGCCACAAUCCUUACAGUCUCACUUUAACGUGCCUCUCACUGCUCAGGUGGUGCUGACGCUGGUGGCGGUGCUGCCCUCUGUGAAGGGGAACACGCGGGCACGAGUCAACAUCGCCAAGGCCAACGCCAUCCGCUAUCUGGAGCAGGAGCAGGGACGCAUCACUGACCCUUACGAAAUGGCGCUGGUGGCGUGGGCGCUCACCAAGGCAGAUUCGUCCAAAAAAGAGAGUGCUUUCAGUCGUCUCCACAACAUGAAGAGAGAACACGGCAACAAAAUCUACUGGUCCCGAGAGCCUAUUUCCUUCAACAAUUUGGUGUACGAGGAUAACCAGAGGCCUUUCAUGCUGCCGAAGGACGACCAGAAGUGGGACGCACACGCCGUCGAGACCACCUCCUACGCCUUGUUGGUCUACGUGGCUCGCGACGGCAUCGGCAUUCUGCAGGAAAACAUCGUGCGCUUCCUGGCCGUUAUGCGGGAGCUGGACGGCGGCCUCAUCUCUACCUUGGACAGCGUGAUGGCGAUGGAGGCUCUGGUGGAGUACUCGUACAGGGCGCGUCUCAGAGACGUGACGGACAUGCGGAUCACCAUCGAACACUCCUCUGACCCGAACUUCACUGUGGACGUGCAGAUUGACAACACCCAGCGUCUGGCGGAACUCAGAUCCUUUGAUCUGAACAACAUCUACGGGCACAUCAGCGUGGUGGGGCACGGGUCAGGACAGGCGCUGGUGCAGCUCGACUACAGUUACGGUGUGGACUUGGCGCAUCAGCUGGACUUCCCUCCUGUGAAUUCCUUCGAGUUCAGUGUCUACUCGCAGUUUUAUGGACGGAACAACUCUCACCUUCGUUUCACUGCCUGUCAGAGGUGGACCUAUACGGAGGAGUCCGAGACGAGCGGCGUGGCGGUGGUCGAGAUGCACCUCCCCUCAGGCUAUUAUGUGAUGCAGGACGACCUCAUCCGCCUGGUACAGUCCCGCCAAGUGAGAAACCUUCGCUGGGCCUACCGCACCACCACACAAGUCAAGUUCUUCUUCAACCACCUUGACACCGAGGAGACCUGUGUGUCCUACGAGGUGGAGCGCUGGCACCCCGUAGCCAACCACUCCCGCUAUAACAUGGCUAGAGUGUACGACCUCUAUCAGCCAGAGCGCUUCAACAUGACGCUGAUGGAGGUGUACCCGCUCUACGAUCUCGACCUGUGCGAGGUGUGCGGCUCUUACCAGUGCCCAUACUGCCCCUUCUACAGCAACGCGCCGCCCCAGUCACCGCCAACCCUUCUGGUCCUGCUGCUCCUAGUGCUGGCGCUGUUCCUCAGGUCAGCGACGGACGGUGACUUCUGAUUAUGUCAGAAAGAAGGUGGAGAAAGAGGAAGCAGUUUUGUGACUUGUGCCAACGAAGUAAAG